UGAAUAUCGCUGCACACUAACAACAUGAUUGAGAAGCAUUGCCUGAUACUGGCGUUUGUUUGGACGUUGUUUCAAUUGUCUCACGUGCUGUGCAAUGAAUUAUCUCCGGUACAAAACAACGAAUUGGACACGCUGAUCAAGCGUUACAGUGAAAUCUAUGGCUCUUACAAGUCAGCUGAAUGCGUAGCAUUACUGGCAGUCAGAACACCAGAAAUCGAUUGGAAAGUGGAGGAUUUUAACGAUGUUAUAACCGACACCAAGUAUCAGACACUAGCGAAGAAUGUGGUUGAGUAUCUGAACAAACUGAAAGACGACUCUUACUGGAAGAACGUGAAUGGACUAUCGCAGUUCCGUGAGGAAUUUAAGGGUUACACCGAAGACGUUGAAAAGAACCACAAUCGUAAUGCUGUAGAAGAUAUUGGUUCCGAACUGGGACAUGUAGAAUCGAAAAUUGACCUAACUACAGUCUAUGAUAAUUUGGUGAAAUCUCUUGAAAAUGCAUGGACGGCCAGAAAGGAUCUGUAUGCGACGGCAGCUGUGAACUAUGCAGCUGCGAACAUGCUGAAGAUUCCCGAAGUCAGUGAUGCAAAUGAACUAACUGCCGGAGAAGACUUGGGAAAUCUUAUUGAAAAGGAUUUUAUCCAAUCAAGAGAAGCAAUGAUUUGUGGUAGUCCGUCGUGAGGGGAUGAGGGGACUCUCAACUGGUUGAGGAUGUUGUGUAGUAAGGCGAUGACAGCUCGUCAACUGAAUCAUCAAGGUCAGUGAACACAACUACACUGGGGAACACUCAUCCAACGUGGAUCAAUCUUCCUUCCAUAGUGCCUAAUUGCUUAUCUCAAAUUACCUACAACAAUUGAGUAAGUAAUUACUUAGACACGGUGAAUAAUUAGCCUCAUCUGCAACUGCUUCCCGUCUCAGGUGUGUAUGCGUGCGUUCAUAAUGAGCAAUAAUGUGCUGAAACGGAGAACACCCAUUUCAUGUUGACUGUUUGAUUGAAUUGUCUUUAAGUUUGCCUCAUUUCAUUUUAUCACAUUUUGUCCAGAGAAUGUUGAGGAGAAAUGUUU